CUCCACCUUGGUGUUUCAAAGGAACUUCGCGUCCUCAUUGUAUUGACAAUGGCCUGUGCCUGUCCUAAUCUUCUGUGUGCCUCGAAGUCAACGACUUUAUUCCCGAGAGAACUUGUUCGUUUUGAGCGAUAUAGUUUGCCCUUCGUUCUUUUACAUCUUGAGCUGCGUGCUGUGAAAAAUGGACACGCAUCUGGAUGGUCUGCUCAAUUCCGCGAGGCACCAACAUCCGCGAACGGUCUUCCAACGUCCAAUGUGAAGAUUUGGGAUAACUUGUGGGGAAAACACAAAUCAUCUGCUGCUGUUCGAAGUGGUUCUUUUAGAAACUUCUCGUCGUCGCGAGAUGGCCCCCCGGGAAGAAACGCAGCCAUCAACAACUCGUCGGAAAAUAAAAGCACUACCCAAGGCGGAGAGGAGCAGGAACAUUAUCAGCCAUCGAAAGUAGACGAAGCGCUCGUUGAGACUCUCCUGGACGAAUUCUUGGAACACUUGCCGAAGGAAGACCCACGAUGGGUGAAGAACUUCAAACUUGUGAAAUUUCUGUCGAACACAAACUUCCUCAACAAGGGCAAGGAUUGGCCCUCCUUUCGCGAAACGAGCACUGGGCAGGAAUUGAUGCGGCGCUGGGUCGAAGCGUUUGACGAGAAAAUGCAGGAUAUCGUGAAGCUCGCGGGGAAGGACAAAGCCGGCCCGAAAAGCAAAGACGUGUUGCAUCCAGAUUUUUCCGCGGGCGCGAAGAGCAGCGAAAAAUGGCGGCAUUGGGUGAAAGACAAGUAGUUGGUUUAUCUGCGACGUUUUUUUGAAUCAUUUUUCGUGAUCCACCUUUGCAGCUUGAUAUGCUUGCAAGUGUACACAAACAGUAGAAGUAGAUCGUUUUUGCCCAUGUGGAUGGGAUGGAAGCACCAAGAUGCCUAUCCGCCUUCUUGACUCGUUGGUUCGCUUUGAACUUGCGCACCUGUAAUCGUUUUCAUCGUAAAGGAU